AUUAUCAUCUUACAAACAUAGCGCAUUAGCGCACAGGCCGGGAAGCUGGGGCAGUUGGAGCGCUUCCGGCCCCGGUGUGUCACUGCUGCGGAGUAAACAGGUUCGGAUUCCACUCGGCAGGCAGCGGCAGGGGCUCAGGGCUGCAGCCCAUUCACGGGAUUUAUUGGCCUAAGAAAAUAAAGGAAACUCCACAAAAGAAUCAGAGCCAUGACUGGCUGAUCUAGAACACACACACCCUGGACAGCAGGUAAUUUCAUGCUCUUAAAAUGGGGCCUAAAGUGGUCGUAUUCGACAUUUCUGUCAUCAGAGCCUUGUGGGAAACUCGUGUCAAGAAGCACAAAGCCUGGCAGAAGCAGGAGGCAGAAAGGCUCGAGAAAAGCGCAUUGGAAAAGAUAAAGGAGGAGUGGAGCUUCGUGGCCGAGUGCAGAAGGAAGGGCAUCCCCCAGGCUGUGUACUGCAAGAAUGGCUUCAUAGACACCAGCGUGAGGCUUCUGGACAAGAUUGAAAGGAACUCCCUCGCAAAGCAGAGUGCAGUUUCCAAGGAGAGAGACAAACGGAGCAGUGAGUUUGUGUUUGAACUUACGGGGGAGCACUGGAAGGAGCUCCCAGAUUCCUUGAAGGAGCAGACGCACCUGAAAGAAUGGCACAUAAGCAAUACCCUGAUUCAGAUCAUUCCUAAGUAUAUCGAGCUGUUUCAAGCCAUGAGGGUUCUGGAUCUGCCAAAAAACCAAAUCUCCUGUCUUCCAGCUGAAAUUGGUCGUUUGAAGAACCUGAAGGAACUCAAUGUACGUUUCAACCGUCUGAAGAGCAUUCCUCCAGAACUGGGAGACUGUGAAAAUCUAGAGAAACUGGAUUGUUUUGGAAAUCUAGAAUUAACUGAGCUCCCCUUUGAAUUAAGUAAUUUGAAGCAAGUUUCAUUCAUAGAUAUCUCAGCAAACAAGUUUUCCAGUGUCCCGAUCUGUGUCCUGCGGAUGUCUAAUUUGCAGUGGUUGGAUAUCAGCAACAAUAACCUGAAUGACCUGCCACAAGACAUAGACAGGCUACAAGAACUGCAGACCUUGCUCCUGUAUAAGAACAAGCUGACCUAUCUUCCCUUUGCCUUGCUUAACUUAAAGAAGCUCACCUUGUUAGUCGUCAGCGGGGACCACUUGGUGGAGCUCCCGACAGCCCUUUGUGACUCAUCCACACCUUUAAAAUUUGUAAGUCUUAUGGACAAUCCUAUUGAGAAUACCCAGUGUCAAGAUGGUAAUGAAACGAUGGAAAGUGAACAAGAUCGCCAACAUUUUGAUAAAGAAUUUAUGAAAGCCUAUAUUGAAGAUCUUAAAGAAAGAGAAUCUGUUCCCAGCUACACCACUAAAGUAUCUUUCAGCCUUCAGCUUUGAUGCCAUCCAUCAGAAGACUACAGAAUUUUCCUGACCUGCGGAGCUGUAAAUCUUCCUGUUGUGGGUCAUGUCAUAGAGGAAUAAUGGCUUGUGCUUAAAGACAAAGUCUAGAAACCACGGUCAUAGUUGUUAGGAAAGAUGAUAUUCAAAUUUCAAAUAUGUGAGUACCUCUCUCUGUGGACUGGAGAAUUGAUAAAUGGGUUUAUAUAUUGAUAUUUAAAGGUUCAUUUGCAUACACUUGUUUCCGAAUAAUGCACAUUUAAUAUUUUAGAAAAUGUGUUAUUUUUUAAAAAUUAUCACGUAAAGACCAAAUUUUGAAGUUGAUUGCAUUGUUUUCAGGAAUCUGAAGAUAAAGGGAUGGUGAGAAGAAUAUUUAUACUGGACUAGUCAGAUGAGACUUUAUUUUAUUUUGUUAUUUUGAAAGAGUUUUAAUGCAUUAUUUCUUUUACUGAGGACAGUUUUCCUUGGGUUUAUACAAAUGCCUAUUUUCAUGUUUUAAGUUAUAUUUUACAAGUGUAGGCUUUUAGGAAAGACUUUAGGUAUAAUCUGGACCUUGAAGGCAGAAAGAAGGGCUGGAUUGUCUGUCCAGGCAUGGGGCUUAGAUGGUGUGCUGGUGGCCCUAGUGGAGUAAGUGUGGGCCUGGCUGGUCCUGGGAAGCCUUGCGUGGCCUGCAUGGGUGGUCAGCCUGCCUUGAGUGGGCCCUUUGGGGGUCCUGGGAGGCCUUGCGUGGCCUGCAUGGAUGGUCAGCCUGCCUUGAGUGGGCCCCUUGGGGGUCCUGGGUCGCCUGCCAGAGCACAGAGCAGAGGCCUUGCCUCCAGGGACCUGUCCUCCAAGGUGGCCAUAUAAGUAGUGGGAAUGACUAGCCCACACUGAUGAGGAGUUCCUAGCAAGGCUUCCCUGCAGGUACCACAGGAGAACUCUGCCUGUGGCCAAGACGCUGCGGUCCAGAGGGAGCUCAGGAGACUGGGUUUACAUUGGCAAAGAAGGUAUUCAUUACAGGGCUUUGAACUUUGAUAUCACAUUGUAGGAUUUGGAGAAAUUGUACAAAUAUCUAUUUUUAUUCUAUUAUCUUGGGCUAAAAUAAACAGGAUUGUGAAUGUGUUGAAGCUAAGUUUAAACAAGUAGCUUUUGUGACUAAGACGGAAAAAAUGCAUAUCUUCACAUAUAUUUAUAUAUGAAUCGACUCCUAUAUGGUCUAGCCCAGUGCUGUCCAGUAGAACUUUAUGCAGUGAAGGAAAUGUUCUGCACCUGUGCUGUCUAAUUUAGUAACCAUCAGAUGCAUGUGCUUCUUGAGCUCUUGAACAGUGUCUGGUGUGACUGAAGAACUAAAUUUUUAAUUACAUUUAAAUUUAAAUAGCCAAAUGUAGCUACCAUAUUGUACAACAGGGUCGAGCCAUUUGGGUUUUUCAGAAGUUAAUCUGGUCUAGAAAUGAACAGUGAUUUUCAUUUUCUUAUCUGAAGAACCAGUCUACCCCCAGAGGGGUUAAUACUGACACCCAAUAUUUUGUCUUAAUAGGUUUAAUCAUAACUAAAUAUUUUAUCCUCAACAGACAUAAAGCAGGCAGAACAGUCUAAAGCCACAUAGUAACGCUUCAGUAGAGUACUGCUUCAACUUAAAGACAAACUCUGAGAAGUAGGUUAAGAGAUGGAAAGAGUAGGAAAAUGAGAAAUCACUUUAACUGAACCUCAAACAAUUGUAUUUUUCUUUAUAACACUUUACAAAUAUAAUGCAGAUUUAUUAGUUGUACUACGUGAAUGAUUUUGGAAUUUUAUUUCAUGCUACAGUAUAUGUUACAUACAGCCAAAUGGAAAAUAUAUCUGAAAAGGGAGGAAAUGAGGGCUUUCACAUAAAUUGACUGUCCAUAACUCAUGUAAAAUUUAUUUCAAUAAAACCAGUCUUUUGUGCAAAAA